GUUAUUGAAUGUACUGAAGAGUCAGCUGUGUUAGAGUUAGCUAAAUCUCUAUGCUUAGUAAGCAGAGGCUAAUUUUGAAUGAGUGACAGUUCAGCUGUGGAGUGUGCUUGUAUAGGGAGCAAGAGGCAUUUGUGACUGGACCGCAGGCUGUCGAGGCAGUGAGUGCUGGAGAAGUGGGUCUGCGGCAAUGGAAACCUAACUCUCACACUGCCACAUGGAAGAAGUUAAAAAAAAACCUGCUGUGGGCCGGUAACAAAUGAGUCACGGCACAGUACCAAUCCGAGACGCAGUGGAACAAAUCUCAUUCCACAUACUAAUUUUGAGUGGGCCCCAUUUUUCACACAGCUCAUUCCGGCUGAACUCGUCUGUCCUGUGUUUCUCGCAUCCUCCUCCACUCUUGUGCAAGCAGCGAGCGGAGUGGUAUGCUCCAUGGACUCAUUAACCUAACAAGCCACCCAAGUCACAUGUUAAAAAUGAUGGAUUGGUAAAAGGAACGGCGGUUUUCUCAGUUGUGCCUCUGCUAAUUGUGUAAAUGAUAGAUAGAUAGAUAGAUAUACUUUAUUGAUCCCAUGAGGGAAAUUCUUGAGGAAUGAAAUGUAGUCCCAGGUCUGGAUUCUGGUUUAAACCUCAGUAGGGGAUGAAGAUUCACUGAUUCGAAUCAGUGCACUGGUGUCUUAAUAAAAUUACGAUACAGUCUUAAUAAAAUUACGAUACAGCGUUUCCAAUUUGAAACAACAUUAAUCAGGGGAAAAUUUGGGAGACGAUCGAUAUGGGUGUCUCUGUACCAGUAAGUUCCACACACACACACACACACACACCAUUUUCUGUUCCUGGUGUUCAUUAUUUAGAAGCAUUACCAAAUAAAUUUUUUAGCAUGUACCUCCUGCUCUUUUUCUUCACCAUUUCCUUCUCAGUGAAGGAGGCGUGGUCUCUGUGUGUCACUCCCAGUGAAGGAGGUGUGUCCUCUGUGUCAGUCCCUGUCAAGGAGGCGUGGCCUCUGUGUGUCAGUCCCUGUCAAGGAGGCGUGGCCUCUGUGUGUCAGUCCCUGUCAAGGAGGCGUGGCCUCUGUGUGUCAGUCCAUGUCAAGGAGGGGUGACCUGCUGUUGUGGGUGUUAGCCGUCUUGCUGGUACUCUUCUGCUCCUUGGAUGUGUGGUACUACCUUCGCCUGGUGGCCGUUUUACUCCGAGCCUGGUUCCUCUCUCCGGUGUUUGACAUCACAGCAGAGCAGUCUGUCGGAGGCUACGUCCUUCUCCACGAUAUCGACAUGUGUCACAUGAACAACGCGCGCUAUCUGCGCGAGUGCGACUUCGCCCGCAUUUCCCUGUACGCCCGCAACGGUGUGCUGAAGGCCCUGAGGGCCCUGGGGGCCACCAUGGUGGUGGGGGCGACUACCAUGCGCUACAGACGGCCCCUGUGCGUGGGCGAAAAGUUCGAGCUGCGCACUCGUAUCGUCACGUGGGACGGCAAAGCGUUCUAUCUUGAGCAGCGCUUCGUGUCUAGAAAAGAUGGAAUGGUGGCAGCCGUCAUGUUCUGCAAACAGAACGUGCUGCGUGGCAGCCCAGACCAAAUCCUCCAGCACCUGUGCAAGAGAAAGGUUGAAGCUCCUGAGUUUCCUGAAGAGCUGCAGCACUGGAUCAGCUUUAUAACGGCAAGCAGCCAGGCUUUAAAGGCCGAGAGUGGACUGGAGAAGAAAAGCGAAUGAGGACUGACACGAGACAAUAAUGUGUACAUGUUUACCUGCUAAACAUUCUGAUAAACACAUGGAACAUGCAUCAGAUGUAAACUCGGAUGCGAUUCAGUGAAUCAUUUAUAUGAAUCAGUUGAAUCGCACAGCUGGAACAUCAGUAAUGUUUUUGUGCCAUUUCACUGAUGAACUUUGUGUACAAGUUGAUUUCAGAUUAAUGCAGAUGUUAAUAUGUGCAUUGUACUUUUUUUUUUUGUGUGUGUGUAAAUUAUUUCUGGAUUAAAAAAAAAUACAACGUUUCAGUGACACUAA